CGGCGUUUCCUGAAACAUGGCGGCUCUCGAAGCGGCUGAGGAACCGGUAACGGGGGUGGCGGCCGUUGGACCAAAGGCGAAGGACGAAGAGGAGGAGGAAGAGGAGUCGCUUCCGCUGUGCGAGGCAGUGCGCUGGGCGCCGGUGGGGGCGGUGGCAGAGGCCGGGCCCGGGGCGGCGGCGUUCUCGGAAGAGGCGGCGGCCGAGGAGCCCGGAGCGGCCCCGGGCUCCCCACCGGACUCGCCGGGCCGGACGCUGCGGCGGCUGCGGGCCGAGCGGCGGCGGCUGGACUCGGCGCUGCUCGCGCUGUCCUCGCAUUUCGCGCAGGUGCAGUUCCGCCUGCGGCAGGUGGUGCGCGGGGCGCCGGCGGAGCAGCAGCGCCUCCUGAGCGAGCUCGAGGACUUCGCCUUCCGCGGCUGCCCUCACGUCCUGGGUUACGGGAGCCCAGAGGACCCCGCCAGCGAUGAUGGCGACGGGAUGCCGGGGGACCGGCCACGGUUGCGGGGCGAGGACCAGAGUGAGCAGGAGAAACGGGAACAUCUGGAAACCCAAAGGGAGAAGCAGAAGGAACUGAUACUGCAGCUCAAAACCCAGCUCGAUGACCUGGAGACGUUUGCCUAUCAGGAAGGCAGUUACGACUCCCUGCCGCAGUCCGUGGUCUUGGAAAGGCAGCGGGUGAUCAUCGAUGAGUUAAUAAAGAAACUGGACAUGAAUCUGAAUGAGGACCUCAGUUCACUGUCCACUGAGGAGCUUCGGCAGCGUGUGGAUGUAGCUGUAGCUCAGAUCGUCAACCCAGCCCGAGUGAAAGAACAGCUGGUUGAGCAGCUGAAAACUCAGAUCCGAGACCUCGAGAUGUUCAUCAGCUUCAUCCAAGAUGAAGUAGGAAGCCCAUUACAAACAGGUAAUGGACACUGUGAGUGCAAGGCCAGUGGGAAGACAGGAAACGGCUCCUGCAGAACUGGCAGCAGCAGACCACCUCCAGGAAACAGCAAAACGAAGGCAGAAGACAUGAAGAGAGUUCGGGAGACAGGGCUGCACCUGAUGCAGCGAGUGCUGGCAGUGCUCCAGAUCUUUGCUGUUAGCCAGUUCGGUUGCGCCACGGGCCAGAUCCCACAGACCCUGUGGCAGAGGGACCAGGCUGACAGGGACUACUCUCCCUUAUUGAAGAGGCUGGAGGUGUCAGUAGACAGGGUGAAGCAGCUGGCCUUGAGGCACCAGGCGCACGACCACUUGAGCAGCUCUGCCUGCCUCCAGGACCUCUCUCUGGGAGGCAAGGACGAGCUGACCGUGGCUGUACGGAAGGAGCUGACUGUGGCCGUGAGGGACCUGCUGGCCCAUGGACUGUACGCCUCCUCACCGGGGAUGAGCCUCGUCAUGGCCCCCAUCGCCUGUCUGCUGCCGGCCUUCUCCUCGGCCCCCGAGGCCAUGCACCCCUGGGAGCUCUUUGUAAAGUACUACCACGCUAAGAACGGCCGUGCUUACGUGGAAUCCCCCGCCCGGAAGCUCUCACAGUCCUUCGCCCUGCCUGUCAUGGGAGGCACUGUGGUGACACCCAAGCAGAGCCUGCUGACAGCCAUCCACGUGGUGCUGACGGAGCACGACCCUUUUAAGCGCAGUGCAGACUCGGAGCUGAAGGCCUUGGUGUGCAUGGCGCUGAAUGAGCAGCGUCUCGUGUCCUGGGUGAACCUCAUCUGCAAGUCGGGGUCGCUCAUCGAGCCCCACUACCAGCCCUGGAGCUACAUGGCACACACGGGCUUUGAGAGUGCCCUCAACCUGCUUAGCCGCCUCAGCAGCCUCAAGUUCAGCCUCCCUGUAGACCUGGCUGUGCGCCAGCUCAAGAACAUCAAAGAUGCCUUUUGAUGAGAAUGAUCUGGCCCCAGACCAGCAUCUUGCUCAGUAAGGAUAGAUGGUUAGUCUUCUAGGAUAAGAGCAAGAAUUAGGAGGAGGGGCUAAAGACAUUUUCCCUAGCCAGAUGAUGCAAAGUCUCUCUCCCCCAUCAACUUAGCAUCUUAGAAAGAAAUGCUGGAGACCCUCUUGUUAAAAGGUUCUGCCCUGGCGUGUAACCACGGUGUAUGUGUGAGCACAUAUACUUGAGCCUGUUGAAAAGACAUCAGUCAUGGCACACACUCAUCACACCAUAUCUGAUUUGUAGAAAAUCCGGGUUGCUGUAACCAUUCUCUUCACGGUGGUGAGGGACAGCAUGAGUGAGUUGUUUGUCCUGGAAGACAUUCAACUUAAGGCUCCUGUCAAGUUGCGAGCCAUCUUCCUUCAUCUGAAGCAGGUUUGAGAGAGUCCUAGGUCAGAAUGCAAAUUCCUUUUGUGAAUACUGAUGCCUCUUCCUGACUCCAAGGUCAGGGGAGGCCGUGUGUGUUCCAUAGCUGCCUCUAAAACCGGGAGUGGGAAUAGCUGAGAACAGCAUUUCUAAGGGUGUUUACCACAGUUGAUUUUUUUUUUUUUGGCUGCGCCGAGCAGCUUGCGGGAUCUUAGUUCCCCGACCAGGGAUUGAACCCCGGGCCCACAGCAGUGAAAGCGCCGAGUCGUAGCCACUGGACCGCCAGGGAAUUCCCCACAGUUGAUUUUAAUAUGAGCCCUUUUUCGUGUAGAGGUAAGAGCUGAAAUCUGUCCCUGACCACGUGGUCCUUUCCUCACAACCCAGAUGAUGGUCUUCCGGUUUUGGAGCUGGUUUACCAGGACAGCCACCAUCGGGUACCAUGUCCUCUGGCGAGUAACCUUUCCUCUGCACACCUC